CCUGAUAUCUCCCUACCUCUUUGCCCCAACAGUGACCAUUCCAAGUCUGAACAAUGGCUGACCCCAGUAACAUCCAGUCGGCCGCUUCCAAGAGCAUCCGUCCAUUUCGCUCCAGUGAGGAGUAUCUCUACGCUAUGAAGGAGGACCUGGCGGAGUGGCUGAACACCCUUUACGAUCUUGAUGUCCAGGUGGAGAACUUCAUGGACGUCCUGGAGACGGGGUAUGACCUCUGCCAGCAUGCCAACAACGUCAACCGUAUAGCUCUGGAGUUCCAACAGUCGAACCCGGAGGCUGCUUCUCGCAUGAGGAUCCCCCAGAAAGAGGUGAUUUUCCAAGCAAAGAACGUGGUCCCUGGCUCUUUCAUCGCUAGGGAUAACAUCUCCAACUUCAUCCAGUGGUGCCGUCAGGAGCUGGGCAUCCAAGAUGUCCUGAUGUUUGAAACUAACGACUUGGUGUUGAAGAAGAAUGAGAAGAACUUCGUCCUUUGUCUGCUGGAGGUGGCCAGGAAGGGCUCCAAGUUUGGGAUGCUGGCCCCCAUGCUCAUCCAGAUGGAGGAAGAGAUCGAGGAGGAAAUGAGGGACCAGGUGGUCUGUGGAGAGCUGAAGACAGAGCAGGCGAUCCAAGAUUUGGGGCCCAAGUCUCCCAUUUACCUGAACAAAACGCAGAGGAUAACCUUGUGUGACCUCAAGAACCUGGAUGAACUGGUGAGUUUCUUGCCUUCAGCUGGCCCUUUUUGUUUAAUUUAUUGAAUAUGGUUGCAUCUCCGCCUUUCCUUCAACUCUUCAAGACAGCAUUUAGAGCUUCCUUUGCCAUUCACAUGAAGUCUUCAAG